UUUUUUUGUGGAGCGCGAGAACAGAAAAGUGAAGAGAAAGUGAGCAAACAAAAGCUUCCCGCCACAUCGCUCCUGCUGCUGCUGCCUGCUGGAUUGGAUGCAGAAUUUUUCGUCCUCCGAGUUCCGACGGUAGUUCCAUGAAUAAUCAGACUUAUUCCCGGUUUGCUGAAGACCUCAGCGGUGGGUCAUCAGGUCAGCAACAGCACAGCACCAUGACAGAGCCGGAUUUCACCCAGUUUGAGCUACCCACCGGAAUAGUGAAACGGGAGCGGGAGGAGGGUGACGGUUACGAAUCGGACUCCUACUACGAUGAGCAAGGUCGUAAAGUACCGGAUACUUUUCAGGACUACGAAAAUUCUUUCCAGUCCGAUUAUGACCAUUCGGAGGACGGUGAUUGUACUGGCGAGUACUGCUUCGAAGAGUCCAGGCGCCGGCGAGGACGGAACUACACACUGGACGACAUGACUCCAACCGUUCGGGAUCCCCUCUGCAGCUCCGAUAGCGACCUGGCCUACCUGUGGCCAGUUUACGUCAGCAAUUUCCGGUGUGUCGAGCGGGUCAAACUGCUCAAAAGUAUUAGGACGUACUUUUAUUCGAAGGGGCUUCACGUCAGGUGGCACUACCGUCCGGAAGGUGGGGAAUUCGACGACCUGCAGGUGACCAUCGGAAUCUACGACAUAUUGGUGUACUUCGUUUCGCAGUACGACGCCAGCCUGGCCGUCAAGAGGUGCCACCGCGAUGUCUACCGAGGCUACACGAUGAACGUGUUUCCCGGACGGGUGCCUCUGUAUUUUGAUCAGAAACGAAGCGUGCUGGUGUGGAAGAAAAACAGAGGUGUUGCCUACAGCGAACAGUUCUUCGAGAGAAACUUAGCCAAGGUCGAGCCGAAGCCGAAGAUAAGCUGCACAGUCAAGUUCGACAUCGUGCGGGGAGCCAUAGAAUUUGCAACCCGCGAAGACAUGUCCCGGGCAAUGGCCGGAACGAAGCGAUUCAAAUGGACGCCAGCUCCGGAUACGUUUCAGAAGCAGCGCUUCCUAGAAAAGGACCUGUUGCCGGAGAUUGAGCGCCAUUUGGCUUCGAACCCGAACGCCCUGCGGCUCGACCUGAACGACAAGUUUGCCCAGAAGCUCUGCAAGGACAUCCGCCGUCCGAGAGAGCAUAGACCGUUCCGGAAUUCCAAAUGGGAACGAUUCGGAAAGCAAAAGCAGUACAUUCUCCAAAUGUUGCAGCAGGGACGUAAACCCGUUUGCCCCUAUUCGGACGCCAGGAGGAAAGAUGUGUUCUACUCCAUGGUCCGGAAGGUUAAGAAACGGGUGGCAAAGGCACAAGCAAAGGCUGCAAAGAAAGAGCAACGGUCGCAACGGUACACUGCGACGUCUUGAGCUGAUGAUGGCUUCCUCAACGGUGAGUUUUGUUUUACAUGAUUUUUUGUUGUUUUUUAUUGCACUUUGAAUUUGUUGAAUUGGACUGCAACAAGAAUUAUAAUUUGUUUUACCGUAUGUAUUCGGUAAAUGGAAUAACCAUUGACAACAUUAUAAAUAUGAUUAAUAAACUAUAAACAGUUCGCACAGAAGAA